AUGACCGUUUCUCGAGCAAUUCGCAAAGCGUUCCUCGCCGUCGAACAAGCCGAGGGUGUAGGCGCCCGAGUCAGACGUAGCAUCGGCACACCACAAUUACGAAACUUUUCGCCCUUCCUAAUGCUCGACCACUUCACAUCUUCACCGGGAUCUGGAUUCCCUGACCACCCACAUCGCGGACAAGAGACCAUAACGUACCUUCUGCAAGGGAUGAUCGAUCAUGAAGACUUCGCCGGCAACGCAGGCACCAUCGAAGUCGGUGAUCUACAAUUCAUGACAGCAGGGAGGGGCAUAAUGCACUCAGAGAUGCCGAGGGAUAGCCCAGAUGGCACACCUGUCAUUGGUAUGCAGUUAUGGGUUGAUUUGCCUCAAAAAUUAAAGAAAUGCGAGCCAAGAUACCGAGAUCUACGAGCGAAGGAAAUUCCCAAUAUCGACGUUGAUGAAGGGAAGGUUCAUGUCAAGAUUAUUAGUGGCCAAAGCCACGGAAUUGACAGCGUGAAGGAACUGGCAUACACCCCCGUUUGGAUCUUCGAUAUCGAAAUCAAGCCCGGCGGCAAAGUCACUCAACAACUCCCAGAAGGAUGGAACGCCUUCGCCUAUACUUUAGGAGGAAGUACUGCUUUCGGGGUUGGAAAAAAUCAGAGGAACGUGGGGCAAUACUACAAUGUAGUCUUUGAACAGGAGGGGGAUGAGAUCUUCGCUCAAGUGGACGCAUCUGCCAAAGAGAAUGGCCGUUUCUAUCUAGUAGCAGGCCAGCCCCUUGAUCAAAAAGUCGUCCAAUACGGACCCUUUGUCCUAAACACACAAGCAGAAGUUCACCAAGCGAUCAUGGAUUACCAAACUCAUUCAAACGGAUUUGAAAGGGCUGAAGGCUGGGAGAGUGAAAUUGGGAAGAAGAUGAUGCAUUAG